GCUUUGGCUAACUUCUUCAUCUUUUGCGUCCGAGCCGCGCUGAUGAAUUGGCUCGCCUUUUACCUCUUUGCUGGCUCCACUCGGGCUGCAGCGCCCUACCUCAGCGCCUUCGAGUUUGGUGGGCUGCUGGGGAGCGUCUUCUCUGGCUCCAUCAGCGACUUUUGGUGGCAACGCCGGGGCAAGGAAUCAUCCCUCGUCGGCUGCCGAAUUCAGGUUGCUGUUGUUGCUGUCACCUGCAUCCUGCUACCAGCAGCCCUGGUGCUCGCCUUCUUGAGCCAAGCUCCCAGACUUCACUUCGCAGCUAUGUUUGCUGGUGGCUUCGGGCUCUACACAGCGCAGGCGCUUUCGGCACUGUGUGGGCUGGAAUCCGUGUCGGCUCGGGCUGCAGGCGUCUCGCAGGGUCUGCUGGGCUGGGCGGCCUACACAGGCGCUGCAACUGCAGGCCUUCCGCUAAGUUGGCUUAUCCAGGGGCCUUUCGGAUGGAACGCCUGGAGGGCCACCAUGGCCCUGGGCUCCGCGGCGAUUUCCGCUCUUCUGCUGCCGCUGUG